AUGUCCGCCCUGCUUCCUGUCAUUCGGGYGAGACAAGCUCUCAAGUUCAUCAGCACAACUUCACCCACUAUCAGGCGUGCAGCAAGCACUUCGGCCCCUCAGAAAAGAGAGGGAGAUAUCUCUGAUGCUUUUGCUUCACUUUCGGGCUUGCAGUUUGAGAAGCUACCGCCAAGAUUCGCAGACGUCAAGUCGCGUUUAAUUGCAGGCAACAAAGAAGCUCUUCACGAGUCCUGGAAUCGAUUAUUGACAUCUCUACGCGAGGAGAUUCCUCUGAUUGCGGAGAAAGGGCCAGAGAUCAUUCCGCAAAUAGAUUUCAGCGACAUUGACAAUGCCAGCGAAGAGUUCAGAGCAGAGCACAAGAAAAGAGGCGUUGCUGUUAUCAGAAAUGUGGUCCCGGAGCACGAGGYACUUGCUAUGAAGACGGAGUUGAGGGCGUAUCUCGAGGCUAAUCCCCAAACAAAGGCGUUUCCCAGCGACAAUCCACAGGUAUACGAGCUAUACUGGUCGCCAUCUCAGAUUAAGGCUCGCUCUCAUCCCAACCUACUCAGAGCCCAGCGAUUUCUCUUGGAGUUUUGGCAUUCGCGUGAUCCUUCUGCCCUCAUCUCGUCCAGCCAUCCUAUGAUAUACGCUGACCGUCUCCGAAUGCGUAUGCCCGGCGAUGCCAAAUUUGCUCUAGGGCCACACGUUGAUGGAGGAUCGUGUGAAAGAUGGGAGUCGGAGGGUUACGGAGGACGUGGAGGCGUCUACGAUGCCAUCUGGAAAGGCAGGUGGGAGGAGUAUGAUCCAUGGGAGUCCAGCUGCCGUCUCAAUGUCAACUCGGACUUGUAUUCAGGUGUUGGCGCUUGCUCCAUGUUCCGCUCCUUCCAAGGCUGGCUGUCACUGAGCAAUACCGGUCCUUCUGAAGGCACAUUACUCGUAAAUCCGCUGCUCUCGCGGGCGACCGCAUACUAUUUGCUGCGGCCAUUUUUCUCUCCGAGAAAGGCAGCCCAAGAUCCAACCGCGGAAACCUACGAGGAGGCUUUCCUGGCCCCAGACAACUGGGUGCUGAGUCCAGAGCAGGACUCCUGGCUCCAUGGAGCUUCACUAGGUCACGGACAGGAGCUCUCGGCGCUGCUACAUCCACACCUAAAUCUGCCUAGUUCAAUGGUACAUGUACCUCGAGUCCGUCCGGGUGACUAUGUGAGCUGGCACUGUGAUACUAUCCAUGCCGUGGAUAAAUUACAUGCCGGACAACACGAUAGCAGCGUCAUGUACAUUCCAGCCUGCCCACUCACAGAGUCGAACGCAAAGUUCGUGGCACGUCAACGUGAGGCUUUCCUACAGGGCACACCAUGUCCAGAUUUUGGUGGCGGCAUCGGGGAGUCCAACCACAUAGGACGUCCUGGAAUCGAAGAUGUGAGGAACGCUGAUCCGGAGGCUGGUAUGCGAGCAUUUGGACUUUCAGCGUGGAACCUCUCCGAACCAGGUCUGACAGAAGGUCAGCGGCGAGUGAUGGAGAGAAGCAAUGAAAUCUUGGGUCUUUAG